AUGGCCUCUACAGUGUCUUUUGUGAACCUGGAGAGGCGCAACAUUACUGAGCCGAACGUUUCCAAGGUUGCGAAAGACCAAGGCAUCCCAACCGCGACCCAAUCUCAGAUGGAGAACAAAGACGAGCUUGCGAAGCUGAUCGCCUGCGCCAUUCACAACCUUGAGGAAACCAUGAACACCACUAUCGACAAGAGUCGGGAGGCCAAAGAAACUCACAAAGCUGAGAGAGCGAUAAUCGACGAAGCACGGGAGCGCACCCAGCACCACAAUACUAUCUUCAAGACGAGGGAGCGACUGUUCUUCCGACUGCCUAGAAACCAAAGCGUCAUUCCGGUUCACAACGCCUUGCUAAAAGAGCAUGCGAAAGAGCGCAUGCUGAUCAGAGAAGCUUUCACAGUAGCCAAGGCUGGAAAGAUAGACCUGCGAGAGAAGAAGAAGGCUGAGAGCACGGAGACUGAGGCCAUGCUUUCUAGACAUAGAAAGCAGAUUGAACUGCUUCAUCGCAUCGCCGAGUAUUCAGGGAGCGAUGUGGUAUCUACGACUACAGAGGAGCAAGUUGAGGGUCGUUUCGAUGAUGUCUCUGUCCGUUCAUCUAAACCAACACCUCGAAACCAGAAGGACAACGAGAAUCCGCAUCGAAAAGCCACCCCCAAGCGCACGGUAUCUUCCAGUGCUACCAAAGAUGCCAUUCAUAAAAGCAAGAUGAGCGAGACAACAGUGCCAACGAACGGAAAGUUGGAAGAAAUUUGCGACGCCGGCCAUACACAUGGUUGCCUGCAAGUUGAAGAUCUCUACACGGCGGAUCCCACCUGCAUCAACGUUAUCAACGAGGACCAGGAUGACUUGAAAAUUUGGAUGCACUGCCAUGUGAAACUUUGCAAUGAUUCCAUUGCUGAACUUGAGGAACAGCACAAGGAGGAGGCCGAAAUGGCGGAAGACGAUCACGAACGGGAAGUCUCUGCCCUUGAGGGUGUCGUACUAGAGCGCGGCUGCCAACUUCGUCGAUUCACAGACAUACUUGUCGCCCUUCAUGAUCUAGACACCGGGAAGCCACAAUGGUCCAGGAUUUCGGAUAUGGUUAUCGCCGAAACAGCUUCGAUCAGAGAAGAAGCGUGGUCGAUCAAUGCGAAGAUCCACAAAUGCAAACAAGAAUUUGAAGAACGUCAACAAAAGGCCGUCGCAUCGGUCAAUGAACGCAGACAACUAUAUACAGUAGUCAUCGAGGACAUCAACGACUAUGCCGAGGCUUGCGGUAUGCAUCUGAAAGCUGAUUGA